AUGAAUCAAUAUUAUAUGUAUCCAUUUCCCCAGGUGUUCGUGAUCAUGCCACCCGUGGAAGAUGACGUGCAGACUACCCAAGCUUCAGAGGCCACCGCCUUUUCACCACCAAAUUUCUAUAACUCGCCGAUGGACGGCAACGGCGACGACGCCGAAUAUAAAAAUAAUUCCAAUGGCCAAAUCGCUGAAUCAAAUUUACCAAAUGAACGGAUAUCUGAAGAAGAUGCAUCAAUAUCAAGGCUAGGUCAAGAACCAGAAACUUCGGUUGAUGAAACCUCUGAGAGCAGAUUGCCCAAAGUAGAAACUGGAUGUGAAGCUAUGAGCUUAGGUGUUUCCGAAACUAAUCAAGAAUUAUCUCAACUUGAUAAUAGAAAUCCAGAUGAAACUUCUUCAACUUCAAAUAUUCCAGGAGCUGGAAGUCAUCCAGAAACCUCUCAACCUUGUAAUACCUCAUUAAGCACCAGUGCUCCUCCAUUAAGUUCCUCAUAUGGAACAUCCACAGAACCUUUAAUCCACCAUCCCUCACCGUUUGAUCAUUCCUCAGAAUCAGACAAUUCUCAUACGACUUCUUCUUCAUCAUCCUCAUCAGAUUCUGAUGAAUCAGAAUCUGAUAUGUUUGGGCCACCACGAAACCAUUCUGUAACAUCACCACCUCCCAGGAGUAAGACGAGAGUACCAAUGAUUUCUGCCAGGUUGAGGCUCAAGGAAGAGAGGCGGAGAGUUAUCAGGCUUUGUGGAGAGAAAUUGGAGAGGAUAAGGGAUCCUGAUUCUGAUUUGAGGCGGAGCGUGUGCAUUAAUAACACCUAUUAUAGGUUACAGGCUGAGGUCCGAAGGGAGAAACAAGGCAAGCAUGAACAACAGUUACGUCAAUUCCAGCAGCUGGAUCAACCGAGAAGUAUAACACCACUACCUUCAAUUGAUUCAAUGCUCAAUUCAAAUCAUCAUGAAAAUGAUCUAGAAAAAAUUGACAGAGAAUUAUCUGCCAUCUCUGAUAGCUUUGAUAGCAAUUUGGAAAGAGAAAAGAUUUCCAUAAGACCCAGUGAAGAUGUUUUAAGGUCUUACGGAUAUAACAAUGGUUUAGAUAUGAAAUAUAAUAACACAAUGGAUAGUAUGAAUUAUAAUCUUACGAAUCCUGCAUCAAAUAGUUUGAUGAAUGAAGGUCAAUUGAAUAUGGAAUACAACAAAUUAAGUCAAACAACAUCUAUUGAUAUGAGUUACAACUCUGGAACUUACAAUGAACCUGAGAAAGUAGCAAGUAGCAACUAUGAUUUGACUUAUGAAAAUAUUAAAAAUGUUGGUUUUGAUAUAGUCAAAGAAGAUGCUGAGAAAGUUGCAAGUUCUGAUUUUAAUUUAACUUAUGAUAAUAUGAAAGAAUCAAGAUUUGAUGAAUCAAAUCAAAUAAAUGUUUAUGGUAGUCCAAAACAAAUUACCUAUAGUGACAUUAAUACACCAAAUGGCAUGUACACUGAAAAAGAUUUAGGCAUGUAUCAAAAAUACAGUGAUGAUUAUGCCUUGGCAGAAAACAAGAACAUUAAUUGUUCCAGCAAUAUUUACCAAAACAACACUAGUUAUGAGAUGGAAAAACAACCUUUCAAAGAAGAUAGUGGAAGCUAUUUGGCUGAAGUAACAAAUCAGCAAAAUAUAGAUACAUCCAAUUCAAGUGCAAGCAAAACUGUUGACUAUAAAGAUAUUUACAGUAUAGAAAACCAGCAAAAGAAUUGUGUUGAAGAAGCUGAAAUCGAUGUAUGCGGAACACCAUAUGAAUUUGAUCAAAAGAUUGAUCUAAGGCAAAACGACAACAAUCUAUUUAGAGAAACCGAUGACAAGACUAAUAUAGAAUAUAAAUCACCACAUGAAGUAGAAUUACAAGCAGACAGAAGUGCUGAAGCUAAAGACGUUGAUAUGCAAUUAUUUGAAAAUAAAGAGGUUGCUCAACACGAUGGCUUGAGGAAGCGGACGCACGAAGAAGUUGAUGACAAAUUGGUGCAGGAGGUUCUAUCACAUUUAUACUCCCAGCAGCCGGCUACUAAACCCGUAACCGCCAUAGAAGACAUCGAGCCCGAAAUUAAAAAAUUCAAGCUCGAUGAAUGCAAUUUGGAAUCGAACAUAAUUCAAACGUCUAAUGAAAAUGCAUUUGAUGUACAAAACACUUUAAAAAGAAAACAUCUAACAAAUGCUGAUGCAUCGGACAAACGAUUGAAAGUAGAUAACCAAUUGCACAAUGUCAUGUCAAAUUUUGAUUACUUGAACAAAACCGCCGAAAAACAUGCGUUCACAAAUAAUUUAGAAAACGGUAAAACUGAUUGCGAAAUCAAAAUGGAGGAUAUAAAAUCAAGUAUGAACACAAAAUGUGACAAUGACAUUGAGAAAAACACAAAUAGUUUGCAAGAACAAAAUGAAAAUGGCACUAACCUGAAAUCCGAUUUUGAAAUUAUUCUGGAUGCUUUACGGCUCGGUAGUCCCGGGACUUCUGCACAUCAAGGGGGUUCAAAUGAUGAAAAUCCCACACAAGACACUCAAGAACAAACCACAAAUAACAAUAAAAGAAAUAAUAAAUGUUUAGAUAGUUGCGGCCAAGCCGCCAUUUUGGCGGAUAUCAGUGGUUCUAGUUUUCAUGGUUUGAUAACCUCCUUGGAAACUUGAUGGAGAUUCUAUAUAUAUGAUAACUGUUAAGAAAUAGUUUUUAUCACAAACUUUAAAACACUUUAACGUCUUUUAAACUUUAAAUUUAAACACUUAAAACGUCUUUAAGUCUUUUCGUCUUUAACAACACAAUUAAAAUAACCGGCGAUAC